GCAGGCGCCCGGGUUGAUGUGCCCUGGGAAGAUUCCAGCGCAGGCGCGCGGGCCGGGAAGUGGGCGGGCUCGCGCGCGUGCUCUGAGGCUCACUUCCGGCCGGCCCCUCCCCCUCCCCCGCGUUACCACCUCCCCCUCUCCCUUCUCCCCAGUCUCUCCCCAAAUCUCCCCACCCCUAGCGCUCUCUGCCUUGCUUGCCUCCUGUCCUUCCCCUCCCGCUCCAUCCGGGUCGCUGACGGCUGUCUUUGGACUGGACAGCGGUGGCGGCUGCUUUUCUCUCGGGAACCCAGUAAAGUUUCACAGGCGCCGAGGAGCGGAGCAGCGGAGCAGCUUCACCGACGCCGGAGGAGCUCUAGUUUUCGCCCCCUCUGGCUGAAGGAGGAGGGUCCGGGAGCUGGAGACCUGCUUCAGCUGCCGCGCUUCCUCGCUCUCGGGGGAAGCGCCGCCCCCCGUCGGCCUGGGCUUCCCCUGCCUGGAGGGGCCGGACAUAGGGAUACCUCCAACUUUCCAGUGUUUCAGAAGGGAGUUUUGUGUUGAAACUGGAAGACCAAAAGAAUUACAAACAUGUUGUGCUGGGGAAAUGCAUCUUUUGGACAGCUAGGUUUGGGUGGAAUUGAUGAAGAAAUUGUAUUAGAGCCCAGAAAAAGUGACUUUUUUAUAAAUAAAAAGGUCCGAGAUGUAGGAUGUGGACUCAGACAUACUGUAUUUGUUCUGGAUGAUGGAACAGUGUACACAUGUGGAUGUAAUGAUCUAGGACAGCUAGGUCAUGAAAAAUCCAGAAAGAAACCAGAGCAGGUUGUUGCCCUGGAUGCCCAAAAUAUCGUAGCUGUUUCAUGUGGAGAAGCUCAUACAUUAGCACUAAAUGACAAGGGCCAGGUGUAUGCUUGGGGUCUCGAUUCUGAUGGACAGCUUGGCCUGCUAGGAUCAGAGGAAUGUAUCAGAGUACCCAGAAAUAUUAAAAGUUUGUCAGAUAUCCAGAUAGUACAGGUUGCUUGUGGUUACUAUCAUUCACUUGCACUUUCUAAAGCAAGUGAAGUCUUCUGUUGGGGACAGAAUAAAUAUGGCCAGUUGGGUUUAGGCAUUGACUGUAAAAAGCAAGCGUCACCACAGCUGAUUAAGUCUUUACUUGGAAUCCCUUUCAUGCAAGUUGCAGCAGGAGGCGCCCAUAGUUUCGUACUUACCCUUUCUGGAGCCAUCUUUGGAUGGGGACGCAACAAAUUUGGUCAACUAGGUCUUAAUGAUGAAAACGAUAGGUAUGUUCCUAAUUUACUAAAGUCACUAAGAACUCAGAAAAUAGUUUAUAUUUGUUGUGGAGAAGAUCAUACUGCUGCACUAACCAAGGAAGGUGGAGUGUUUACUUUUGGAGCUGGAGGGUAUGGUCAGUUGGGUCAUAACUCUACCAGUCAUGAAAUAAACCCAAGGAAAGUUUUUGAACUUAUGGGAAGCAUUGUCACUCAGAUUGCUUGUGGAAGGCAGCACACUUCUGCUUUUGUUCCUUCAUCAGGACGAAUUUAUUCUUUUGGACUUGGUGGUAAUGGACAACUAGGAACUGGCUCAACAAGCAACAGAAAAAGUCCUUUCACUGUGAAAGGAAAUUGGUUUCCAUAUAAUGCGCAAUGUCCUCCAGAUUUUGAUUCUGAAGAAUAUUUCUGUGUAAAAAGAAUUUUCUCAGGUGGAGAUCAAAGCUUUUCACAUUACUCUAAUCUCCAGAACUCUAGGCCACCAGAUGACUUUAGAUGUCCUGAUCCUUCAAAGCAAAUCUGGACUGUGAAUGAAGCCCUAAUUCAAAAAUGGCUGAGCUACCCCUCUGGAAGAUUUCCUGUAGAGAUAGCCAACGAGAUAGAUGGAACGUUUUCUUCGUCUGGCUGUCUGAAUGGAAGUUUUUUAGCUGUUAGCAAUGAUGAUCACUAUAGAACUGGCACCAAAUUUUCAGGGGUUGAUAUGAAUGCUGCUAGGCUUUUGUUCCACAAACUUAUACAACCUGAUCAUCCUCAUAUAUCUCAGCAGGUGGCAGCUAGUUUGGAAAAGAAUCUUAUUCCUAAACUGACUAGUUCCUUACCUGAUGUUGAAGCAUUGAGAUUUUACCUUACUCUACCAGAAUGUCCCCUGAUGAGUGAUUCCAACAAUUUCACCACAAUAGCAAUUCCCUUUGGUACAGCCCUUGUUAACCUAGAAAAGGCACCACUGAAAGUACUUGAAAACUGGUGGUCAGCACUUGAACCUCCACUAUUCCUCAAGAUUGUAGAGCUUUUUAAGGAGGUUGUGGUACAUCUUUUGAAGCUCUACAAGAUCGGCAUUCCCCCUUCUGAAGGAAGAAUUUUCAACAGUUUUCUUCAUACUGCACUAAAGGUUUUAGAAAUACUACAUAGGGUAAAUGAAAAAGCAGGACAGAUUAUACAGUAUGAUAAAUUUUAUAUACAUGAAGUACAAGAAAUAAUAGACAUAAGGAAUGAUUAUAUCAACUGGGUACAACAGCAGGCCUAUGGAAUGGAUGUCAACCAUGGAUUAACUGAGUUGGCAGAUAUCCCUCUUACAAUCUGCACAUAUCCAUUUGUAUUUGACGCCCAAGCAAAAACUACUCUGUUACAAACAGAUGCAGUCUUACAGAUGCAGAUGGCUAUUGACCAGGCCCACAGACAGAAUGUCUCCUCUCUUUUUCUCCCAGUGAUUGAAUCUGUGAAUCCUUGCUUAAUUCUAGUGGUCCGUAGAGAAAAUAUUGUAGGAGAUGCAAUGGAAGUACUUAGGAAGACAAAGAAUAUAGACUACAAAAAGCCACUCAAGGUUAUAUUCGUUGGAGAAGAUGCUGUUGAUGCAGGAGGGGUACGCAAGGAAUUUUUCUUGCUCAUCAUGAGGGAAUUAUUGGAUCCUAAAUAUGGCAUGUUUAGGUAUUAUGAAGAUUCCAGGCUCAUUUGGUUUUCCGAUAAGACAUUUGAAGACAGUGAUUUGUUCCAUUUGAUUGGUGUUAUCUGUGGAUUAGCGAUUUAUAAUUUUACUAUUGUGGACCUCCAUUUUCCUUUGGCUUUAUAUAAGAAACUGCUAAAAAAGAAGCCAUCCCUGGAAGAUUUGAAAGAACUAGUACCUGAUGUUGGGAGAAGCAUGCAGCAACUACUGGAUUAUCCAGAAGAUGAUGUUGAGGAAACGUUUUGUCUUAAUUUUACGAUCACAGUUGAAAACUUUGGUGCAACAGAAGUGAAAGAGCUGGUUCUAAAUGGUGCAGACACAGCUGUUAACAAACAAAAUCGGCAGGAGUUUGUUGAUGCUUAUGUGGAUUACAUAUUCAAUAAAUCUGUGGCUUCCUUAUUUGAUGCUUUUCAUGCGGGCUUUCAUAAGGUCUGUGGAGGGAAGGUCCUUCAGCUCUUCCAGCCUAAUGAACUACAAGCAAUGGUUAUCGGAAAUACAAAUUAUGAUUGGAAGGAACUGGAAAAGAAUACAGAAUACAAAGGAGAGUACUGGGCAGAACAUCCUACAAUAAAAAUGUUUUGGGAAGUAUUUCAUGAAUUACCAUUGGAAAAGAAAAAACAAUUUUUGUUAACCUGUAUGCUAUGAAGCUCAUCUGUGAAAUAGCAGCCACUUUGGAUUAAUUCACAUGGAGUUCGUUGAAUAAGUAUUUUAACAAGGGCUGACACCUUAUCUGGGAACACAACAGUACAAGGCAUAAUUGUGGGUAAGUCUGAUAUUCUUUUCCUCCCUCUGUUGCUGCAGACAUACAGUAGAAUUAACAGCAGGGAGAUUCAUGGUAGGAAAUUAAAAUAAUACCACUGAAGAUUUUUAAAAUUUCCAUUUGCUUUUUAAGUAGUAACAAAAAUAUCGAGCUUUAUAGUUGGCAGAUACUGAGUUCACUAAAUUAUAAGGACCAUGAUUAUUGAGUUGGCUAAACUUUUGAGAGUAUUUGGCCUCCAGAUAGGCCUAAUAUGUAAGAGCAACCUGUUUUUAGCCUCCCUGUCUUAAGUCAGUAGUAAUUUUAACCAAUAGCCGUUGUUCAGACUGAUUGAAAAGAUAGUAGAUCCAAGACAUGUCUUUAAAUUGGCAUGAAAUAAAACCAGAACGGAGUUUUUAAAACUGCAUUCUAAGAGCCCCAGCCUUACAUAGGGGCCACUAUCCAUUAGGAUUAAUUUUUACUGACAGGUUUUUUUUGCCUGCCUUACUGAUUUUUACUGCAUUUAAGUCUUCUGAUUCAAAAAGUCUUUUGAUUUUGUAAUAUGCACAUAGGGCAGUGUUCCCUGGGAAAACAUGGCGAGUUCUCAGAAAGCAGGGGCAAAUUACCCUAUUCUCAGCUUCUUCCCGAUCUCCAACCUCUUCUGAAGCCUCUAAAACUGAUGAUAGUUUUUCCUUUCUGAGUAAUUCACUCUUUCAGUAGCUUCCCAUUCUUAAACUGGUUAUAUUUCUAGAGAUAAAUUGGUUAGUCCGUUUCUGUUAGUCCAGCCCCUAGGAAUGAUGCGUUAAGUGCAGAAGGGAACCCCCCCCUAUUCCUUUCCCUUCUCAGUUCUUAACAGACUUUAUCACCUGGGGCUACUUUUUAAUACUAUGCACAAGCCCCACUUUAGGCCAAUUAAAUGUUACCUCUUAGCGGCGAUGCGCAGGUUACUUGAACUUUCAAAAACUUCCCAAGUGACCAUUUCUCCAUAUUUCUGCUAGCAUCCUAGCUUUAGUUUAAGGCCAACUUUGUUCAUGUUUUAAGGAGGGGUAGAAGUUUUCAUGUACAUAUACAUACUUCUAGAUUACAAGUGUAGGAGUGGAGACCUGUUUCAGCAGGUGGGUAUAUAUCACCUUAUGUACCACUAAGGGAGAUGCUAACUAAACCAUGUGCCAUUAAUUGCAUCAGUGGAAUAUACUAUAUGGUGCAUUAACCAAAGGGAGUAAAAAUAGCACUGACUAGGUGCUUUAAUUAAAUCAGGUCUUGCCACGUAUUUGACUACUUAAAAUGACUACACACCCUCCUUUUUAGGAUAUGAACUACCUGACU